AUGGGAGGAUCGCACUCCAAACCGGUUACUAUAGACAUCAGUAAACAUUCUGGAAGUGGAGGACAAGUCCAAAAUGAUGGUAGAGGAUACUUCUACAAUAGUGAUGGCGGAACGGUUCUCCUGACGGAUGAGUGGUAUCCUGACCCGGAGGGAAUCUAUAGGAAGUUUACUCAUAGACCAAGGGAUGGUAAGAUAAGUAAGAUUAAUAAGGGAGGAGCAUCUCAGACUGGAUUUCCUAGCCUAGACAAAUAUCCGAGUGUCUCAGUCUUUUACUGGUCAGGGGAUAAUACUUUCAGCAAUCCCCUCCUAAUUCAACUUGGUAUAGGAAAUGAGUAUUAUACUACUAAUGGUAGAGAUAGUUGGGAUAAUGAUAACCAAAUAAGCACUACUAAUCUCAAGGACAAGUUGAAUGAGCAGAACUGCAAAAAGAAUAAGGCUCACAUUGUGGAUUUAUCUCAAAAGCAGGAUAAUAGUACCCCUUACGAGUGUCCCAGUUGCAUUCAAAAAAUUCCCCGCGUAUACAAGAGCGAUUCUUCCGGAGAUACCAUCACCUACGGACAUACUAUUACUUCAGUCUCUGGCUUUAAGGAUGGUAAUACUUGGCAACUUGGACUACCAUCUAUUAAGGGUGUAAACCUUAUCAAAGUAUACUGGAAAGCUUCUGGUGAAACAAAUCCCAUCUUCAUUCUCUAUCAAACUAGUAGGCAGAGAUAUUUCAGAAGAAACAGUGACAAUGAAAAUGCUUGGAUUGAGGUUACUACUUCUUCUAAAGAAACUCUUCGUAUUCAUAAUCUUGCUCUCGAUCUCUCAAACACAGAUGGAACGUACAGUUUUGGAGGUGCUAAUAUAAAGAUGGCUGUACUGCUCAGUCACAUCAGCGAUGGUUAUUCUGAGUUUGAACAUUCUCUGAGAGGUGGCCUGUUCAAGGUUACUGAAAUUAAGCAUGGAACUACUCAACUUUCUGGUAUAUCCUCUUCUAACGACAAGUUGGAUAGCAUCUCCGCAUACUACUAUGGAGACAGUCCCAAUCUGCCUAAUCUUCUCCUCCUAGAACUGAGAUCACAAGGUGGGAAGAAUUACAACUACUUUCACAGAGCAACUAAAGAUCCUCUUACAUGGUCCCCCUAUCUUGGAUCCGGAGGAAGAACUGGUAAACAACUUGUUGGAUCCUCUCUAAAACAAACUCUUGAUGAGCUUAAGAAGAUACAAUUUCCCGAACCAUCUAAGGAUGCGACUACUAUUAUAGUUGGAUCAUCUGUUGGAAGUGGACUGGGUGGAACCGGGUUGGGUGGAACCGGGUUGGGUGGACUUGGAGCCUGGGUCUGGUACAAAUAUUUCUUUGACCCUGUGGUACGCCUAGUGUGA